AUGGUCGCCUCAUCUCGAUUCAUUCUCCUUGCCCUCUGCGUACUGCUCGCACUUGCCUGCGAGGCAGCUCCUACCCCGUCCGUGCCUACCCUCGCCUCCGACCACCCCAGACCUGCUCCAUCCUUCAAAUGGCUCACUUCCGCUCGUAACGUCCUCGAUGAGGCUGAGGAUAUCACUGAUGACAUUUCCGAGAAGACAGGCCUGACCACUGGUGUCAUCAUCGCUAUCGCCGUCGGUGCCGCUAUCUUCCUCAUCGUUAUGGUCGUACUUUGCUGCUGUUGCUGCUGCUUCUAAGGCCAUCACCCCACCGUUCUACAAAGUUUUGUGCCACCAUCACACUUUGAAACCCUCCCGCAAACGUCGCAGUAACUCACUUGUGUGCAAUCCUGCCACAGUCGUGGAGCUAUCAGUUUUCCACACCGCUUCGUCGAAUCAAGUAGGUUCACAUCUCACUCCCACACGCAAAAUUCUACCUCUUCUAAUAUAUUAAACUAAGCGUAACUCCCGUCACGACUUCCGUUCUACGGCUCUAUUUUGA